AUGAUACCAAAGUCGCCUCCGAGUCCGCCACCGGGUCCGUAUCCGACUGGAGGAUUCAUCCAGAUGUGGACCUACGACGGAGUCGACAAAACGAAGGCAGUGCAGUGGCUGGAAGAUAUAACGGCGCAUCUGGAGACCCACGGUGCCCCCCGCGCGCAAUGGGCGCUCAUCGCCCUCUCCUUCCUCUCGCAAGACUUCAAGGCAGAGAUCUCACAAAUCUCUGGAUGUCAGAUUGAGGUGCUGCAUGUAUUGGACUGGGAGACCUUGGUGGAGACGGUCCGUAGUUUUGUGACUCAGACGACGCAUGGUGCGGUUUCUAAUUUGCCAAACGAGACUGCGUGUUGCGUUUACUCGUCAGCGACAGAUGCUGCCCCGCCUAAUGACCAAAAGUCAGAUGGAGAUGGAGAAAGUUCCGCCAACUUGAAUCAGAAUGCAGGUUCAUCCCAUCCAGCUGCCGAAAACGAAAAGCCAGUAGGCAAACCCCGUCGCUUCUUCGACGAACACCCUAUUGCCGCUACUGCCGCUACUGCCGCUACUGCCGCUGCUACCGCUACCGCUGCUGCUGUCGCUACCGCUGCUGCUGCUGCUGCUACUGCAGGGCUCAUUGUGGCCGCCCCAAUCCUGGUUCCCGUAGCUCUCGUUAGCACGCUCAACGUGAUUGGGUUCGGCGCCGGCGGUGUCGUUGCAGGUUCGCUUGCAGCUGCCAUCCAGUCCGUUUUCUAUGGCGGGGCAGUCACAAGUGGGUCCGCCUUCGCGAUUGCCCAAUCAAUCGGCGCAGGUGGGGCGGCAUUCAGUGGUGCAAUGCCGAUGCUUACUGCGGCUGGCGCCGCUAUCGGUGCUGCAGUCGCGUAG